AAAAAUCCGAGUUGGCUCACCGCAUAAAACCAGCAGAAACCACAGCUUCCAUUGGGAAUUAAUUCCAUCAUCGGUUGCAGGGGACCGGAGCAGCCAUGGGGGGAGAGGGAGAAGGAGAAGCUGAGAACAUCCCCAUGCUCACAGAGCUUCCAGAUGCACCAUCAGAUGAAUCAGAAUCGCACAUCAAGAGAACUGGGACUGUUUGGACUGCUGUUGCCCACAUAAUUACGGCUGUAAUAGGCUCUGGAGUCCUCUCUCUAGCAUGGAGCAUAGCUCAAUUGGGUUGGGUUGCUGGUCCUAUAUGUAUGGUGUUCUUUGCUUCAGUCACCAUGUUCCAAUCACACCUGCUUGCUGAUUGCUAUAGAUCACCUGAUCCUGAGCAUGGGCAUAUCAGGAACCAUUCAUACAUGGAAGCUGUAAAACUGAAUUUAGGGAAGAAGAGUUGGUGGGCUUGUGGGAUAUUUCAGCAAAUAAAUUUGUAUGGCAUUGGAAUAGCAUACACCAUCACGUCAGCUAGUAGUAUGAGAGCAAUUCUGAAGUCAAACUGCUACCACAGAGAAGGCCACAGUGCUCCAUGCUCAUAUGGAGAGACUUCUGAAAUGCUGCUAUUUGGAGCUGUUCAGAUGGUUUUCUCACAGAUACCAGAUUUUCACGAGAUGGCAUGGCUCUCAAUUCUCGCAGCAGUCAUGUCCUUCGCCUACUCAUCCAUUGGAUUUGGACUUGGGCUUGCCAAAGUGAUAGAGAACGGAAGAAUCAAAGGUGGAGUUGGAGGCAUUCCAGUAUCCUCAACAACACAGAAGUUCUGGCUAGUUUCUCAAGCACUGGGAGAUAUUGCAUUCGCCUAUCCGUUCGCUAUAGUUCUCUUAGAGAUAGAGGAUACUCUCAAGUCACCACCACCUGAAAACCAAACCAUGAAGAAAGCAACAAAGAUCUCGAUUCUCACCACCACAUUCUUCUACCUCUGUUGUGGGUGUUUCGGCUAUGCUGCCUUUGGGAAUGAUACACCUGGAAACCUCCUGACAGGGUUUGGUUUCUACGAGCCUUACUGGCUUGUCGACUUUGCCAAUGCAUGCGUUGUUCUUCACUUGGUCGGAGGGUAUCAGGUUUUCAGCCAGCCAGUAUUCGCAUUGGUGGACACAUGGUCUGCAGAGGAGUUCCCCGGCAGUGGAUUUGUGAACAAAUUCUACACCAUCCAAUUGCCAUUCCUGCCUCCUUGCAGACUGAAUCUUCUCAGGUUAUGCUAUAGAACCAUAUAUGUUGCAUCCACCACAGGGAUUGCAAUGCUCUUUCCAUACUUCAACCAGGUCUUAGGAGUGCUGGGUUCCUGGAACUUCUGGCCUAUGGCUAUCUAUUUCCCUGUGGAGAUGUACUUAGUGCAGAGAAAGAUAAGGGCUUGGACAAAGAAAUGGGUUGGCCUUCAGAUCUUCCGAAUUGUGUGCUUAUUUAUCAGUAUGUUUGCUUUUGUUGGAUCAAUUGAAGGAAUUAUUAGUGAGAAGCUGAGUUAGGGAUCCAUCGAGGUUUUCCUUUUUUUUCCUUAUUUUUUUCUCUUUCUAAAUUUGUGGUGCAUUUUAAAGGCUGCUAUUUUUCAGGACAAAUACGAUUGAAAUAGCUUUUCUUUCCUUUUUUUGUGCUAGAAUAAUGUGCAGGGAAUAGAUGGCACUCUCAUGACCGGACUAAUUGACUCAGGCUUGGCCAUGCAUCUAGCCAAGCCCAAAGUUGGGACGUGUAUGGAACUUGCCACACACGGGAUUUACCCGACAUUGUAUUUACGUGCAUCAUAUGAAGCAUGAGAUUGGAUCGCUCUAAUCUAUUACCAUGGUGUGCACUUGUUGCCUGGAGAGUGGUCUGCCAGCCGGCACAGGAGUGGGGGCUGAGUGUCCAGUCUCCUCUAAGGGGGCGAGGUGUGUUGGUUGCCAAGCAUACUGCGAGGUUGGUGAAAAAAAAAAGCUCCUGUUAAGAGAGGCAAUAUGCCAUCUAGCUUUUUUUAUUAAAUGAAGCUUAUAUACAAAUGAUCAUAUACACAAGGCAGCAAGGAUUUAAGGAAAGGAGACAUGAUAUGUGCGUAGAUUGAGCUAAGGUACUGUUGCUCUUUUUUUUCCAUGAAGUUAUUCUCUGUUGUAUUUUGCUCUAAACAGCGCACAAACAUAGCUCCAUAAAUUUGUGCUCAAAA